CACGGCCGUUGGGGGUUGGUGGGGUCCGGGACCAUAGCCGGGGGUGCUUAGCAGUGCCCAGCAGGCAGCGUGGGCUGGAGCCUCGUCACUAAAGCAGAGAAGCCACUUCUUCUGGGUCCACAAGGCAGCUGUUCCAUGCUCUGCUGAGCACGGUGCUAUGCCUCUGCAACUCCUCCUGCUGCUGACUCUUGUGGGCCCUGGAAGCAGCCUCUGGCUGUGGGACACCAGGACAGAUGGAGCCAGAAAACCCCCAGGCCCCUUGCUUGCCCGGGGGCGGAGACAGGCGUCCUUGGAGGAGGAUUACGAGUAUUACUCAGUAGGCACGGACCCUCCAGAAGAGCUUAAUGGUGUUGUAACACCAAACCUCAAGCUUCUAACUAUGAUGGGAACAUCAGGGCAGAGAAGUUCUGUGGGACCUCAAAAAUCUGAGCCUACCACUGUGGAGGCUACCACAAGGCACUCUGCUGGCCUGGACACAGGAAGGGCAGUCGUGGGGAAUCUGAGCACAGAGUUGGCCUCACAGUUGACUCUGGUCACACUGGACCCUCUGGUCACAGAACUGGCCACUGUGAGUGUUUCCAUCACAGGUGAUCUAUCCAACAAGGGCGCUCUGCUGUCCAUGACACUAGCUACUCAGGAGGUCCUGUCCACAGGGCCAGCAGUCAUGGAAGCACACACCACUCAACCAGCAGCCACGGAGGACAUGUUCAUGGAACCUGUUGCCACAGGAGCCUGGUCCACAGAACACACUGCUACGGAGGCCCCAUCCACAAAAAUCACUGCCACAGAAGCCCUGUCUAUAAAACCCACUGCUACAGAGGCCCCAUACAGAAAACUCACCGCCACAGAGGCUCCACCCACAAAACACACUGCCACAGAGGCCCCAUCCACAGAACUCAGUGCCACGGAGGCCCCAUCCACAGAACUCAGUGCCACGGAGGCCCCAUCCACAGAACCCAGUGCCACAGAGACCCCAUCCACAGAACUCAGUGCCACGGAGGCCCCAUCCACAGAACUCAGUGCCACGGAGGCCCCAUCCACAGAACCCAGUGCCACGGAGGCCCCAUCCACAGAACCCACUGCUACGGAGGCCUUUUCUGCAGAAUCCACUGCCAUUGAGGGCCUGCCUGUAAACCCUACAAUCGUAGAGGCUCUAUACACAAAGUCAGCUGCAAAAGAAGCCCUUCCCUCAGUGGCCCUGUCCAUGGAGCCAGCCACCACGAAGAAUAUCCCUGUGGCAGCUAGUAAUCUGUCUGCCGUCAUCAACAUGAAAAAUGGGCAGACUUUCCCCCCUAUAAUCACUGUGGCCCCCACCCCUACAAGGCCCCCAGACCAUAUCCCCGUGAAGCAGUGCCUGCUGGCCAUCCUUAUCCUGGCCCUUGUGGCCACUGUCUUCCUUGUGUGCACUGUGGUGCUGGCAGUCCGCCUCUCCCGCAAGAACCACACAUACCCUGUGCGGAAUUACUCCCCCACUGAGAUGGUCUGCAUCUCGUCCCUGCUGCCUGAUGGGGGUGAGGGGCCCCCUGCUAUGGCCAAUGGGCGCCUGCCCAAGGCCAAGAGCCAGGGCUUGAUGCCAGAGCCUGGGGAGGACCAUGAAGGCGAUGACCUCACCCUGCACAGCUUCCUGCCAUAGCAAGGCCCUGGCUGGCUGCCUUGCUCCCUCCCUGGCCCAGUUGGGCCACCAUUGAGCACCCAGGCCUCCAUUCUGUGGGUCUGGGCUUCCUCAGAGAACCCCAGGGAUGGGUAUCUGCAGGGAAUGAACCCUGGCUGGCCCAGACAAGGACCAAGACUGGCCACAGUCCUGCCGCCAAGCAGGAUGGGCAAGUGGAACCAUCUCUUUCUCCUUCCUGCCUCCAGGGAAGCCCAGGCACCUCCAGCCACAGACCAUGGGAAGUGGCCAUUUGGCCCAGACAAACCUCUCCUUCCUGUCCCCAUCUGAUGUUUCCUUCUGCCAUCCUUUUUUCUCCAGGCCACUGGAGUCUCAUCCCCACAAACCCAAGGAAGACUGGGUUCCUUCACCCCGCUCCCAUUGCCUUUGUCUUCUGGUUGCCAUGGUCACCAAACAGGGAGGAGACCUUUUGCAGGCAGUGGGGAAGAGUAAGGGAUUCUGAGGCCAUUUCCUGAUGCUCUGCAGAUUUUCCAGGCCCUUCUCUGGGGAGCCCACAGUGAGGCCUCAGACUGUGAGGGCUAGGGUGGGUUUGGAGAGCCCAAAGACCUUGCUUUGAGACUGUGGACUAAAGAGCUUCCCUCUGGUAACAGAGUAGCCCCAACCAGUCUGUUCAUCUUGCCCUGCAUCCACAUUGCUGCAGCAAACCAGAGUGGGCUCUGCCUGGUUUGCUGCAGCAUUCCCUUGCCCGGCCCAGGGCCAUGCACAGCACAGACACUCAAUAAAUAUGUAAU